UAUCGAUGAUUCGGUCUGGUUUCAGCGCAUGCGCACUCCCGUUUCUUCCUUUUUGCUAGCUUCUCCGCCAUGGCGCCUAUUCAGAAGAAGCAGAACCCAGGAAAAGGUGGGAAGAAGAAGAAGCAGCUCCUGAAGUUCACCCUGGACUGCACCCAUCCUGUGGAGGAUGGCAUCAUGGAUGCUGCGAACUUUGAGCAGUUCCUGCAGGAGCGCAUCAAGGUGAACGGGAAAGCCGGUAACCUCGGCGGGGGGGUCGUGUCCAUCGAGAGGAGUAAGAGCAAGAUCACAGUUUCCUCUGAGGUGCCCUUCUCCAAACG